AUGGCGCCAACAAGAAAACGUGCUCGAUAUCAUAAAGAUGAAUUGAUAAUUGAAGAGUUACCUGAUAUCAGCCUUCUGACUCCCAAAGAAUCUUCAGAUGUCGAAGCAACCACUUUAUCAGAUGUGCCACCGCCAACAGAGCUCAGUAUUGGUGCAAUACAUCAUCUUUACUCUAAUUCGACUGUUGGGAAGCUCUGGGGUAUUGCCACGAAAGCACUUCAACAGCCUAAGCCGCCUAUUUACUUUCCCGAGUAUACGAAACCUGGAGGCACCAAAUACGUAUACAGAGAGCUGGACUUUUGGACUUCAGGGUUCUUCCCCGGGUCACUGCAUCUGCUCCUCGAGCGGCAGCGCAACUUCAAGGCGACCGGAGUUCAUGAGCAACACCUUGAAUUUGCAUGUAGAUGGUGGACCGAGAGCUUGCACCAGAACGCGCAUCUCAGCACGACGCACGACCUUGGCUUCAUGAUUGCACCAUGGGCAAAGGUGGCUUGGGAUCUCAACCACGACUAUAGAGCAUUAGAAACCAUGAAAACGGCUGCGAAAACAUUGCAUGGUCGAUUCAGCAAAAAUGUAGGACUUAUUCGAUCUUGGGAUACUUGCGUCACAAAACGAUAUGAGUUCUUGGAUCCAGAUAACGAAUUUCUAACUGUAAUAGAUAAUAUGAUGAAUCUCGACCUCCUCUUCUACGUAGCGCAGCAAACCGGCAACGGCGCGAUGUACGAAGCGGCUGCCCAGCAUGCGCGCACUACGCAGCAGAACCAUAUCCGAGAUGACUUCUCGACCAUCCACCUAGUAACUUUUGAUCCAAACACAGGGGGUGUAAGGGAGCGUCUAACGAACCAGGGAUAUACAGAUACCUCAUGCUGGACGCGUGGACAGGCAUGGGCCAUCGCCGGCUUCGCGGAGACAUAUAAUUGGACGCACGAUCGCUCUUUCCUUGAGACCGCAGUCAAUUGUGCAGACUAUUUUCUGCAUCGUCUGCCGGAAUCUGGAGUUCCUCCCUGGGAUUUCGAUGCCGAAGACGACGCCAAGCGCGACGGUAAGACUUCGCAAGCUCCUGACGUCAGCGCCGCCAUGAUCACGGCUUAUGGCCUCCUGCUCAUCCACAAAGCCCUCGUUUCCCUGGGGAAACCCUCCAAAUACCUCAAUCAUGCAUUACGCUUGGUGAAUGCUGUUGCUAUGCACCACAUCAACCCGCCAUCUUCAUUCAUUGAACACACGGAGCGGAUUGAGAUGGUUGAGCGACCUACAGAAGACGUGGUGACCGUCUCCGUCGAGCCUGGCGGUGCCGAGACAAUACUGAAUGGCGCUACCAUCAACAAUCAUGAAUUCGCGCCAAGAAGAUGGGCUAAUCAUGGCCUGGUCUACGCGGAUUACUACUUCCUACUUGUCGGCAACGAGCUUCUGAAGAUGGACGUUGGGGGCCUUGUUGGUCGUGUUACCCCAUUUAAAGCAGCACCGAGUCAAAUGCGAUCAUAG